CUGGCUGCCCAAGGCCUGCCCCCCAGGCGUGCACGUCCUGGUCUCCCUCUCUGCAGCGGAGCACGGCCUCCUGCAGACGCUGCGCGAGGCCGUGCCCGAGGCCGAGGCGUACUUCGAGAUGGGGCCGCUGUCCAGCGAGGAAGGCAGGGAGAUGCUGGAGGGGCUGCUGGCGUCAGCCGGACGGAAGCUGAGCCCAGCGCAGCAGGCUGUUCUCCAGCACAGCCUCCCAGCCGGCGGGGACCCCUUGCUGUUUCAGCUGGCUUUCCAGCAGGUCCGGAGCUGGGCCUCCUACACCCCACCCUCAGCACUGGUGAUAAGUCGCACGGUGCAGGACGCCCUGCACCAGCUGUGUGACACGCUGGAAAAGCUCCAUGGCUCAGUCCUGGUGUCACGGGCUCUUGGCUAUAUUGCCUCCUCGCGGAAUGGGCUGGCAGAGGCAGAGCUGAAGGACAUCUUGUCCCUUGAUGAUGAGGUUCUGUCUGAGAUUUACCAGCAUUCCUCUCCUCCAAGUAAAACCAUCUUGCGUUUUCCCCCUCUGCUGUGGGCACGACUUCGCCGUGACGUUCAAGACUGCUUAGUGGAGAGGCAAGCAGAUGGCUUCGCCCUUCUUGGCCUUGCUCACAGGCAGUUUGCUGAGGUUGUGCAGAAUCGUUACCUGUCCGCACAAAACCAAACCAAACGGCAUUUGCUCCUGGCAGAUUUCUUCAGGGGGACUUGGAGCUGGGGGAUGAAAAAACCCUUUCUUUUGCCACUCUGUGGCACAACCCUCAAUGCUGACAGGAAGGUAGCACCUCAGCCGCUCUGGUUCUCUGAUACUGUUGCAAAUCAGAGGAAACUGCGUGAAUUCCCUUUUCACUUACUCCGUGCUGGGCGAAUUGAGGAGCUAAAGCAGGAUGUACUGGGGAAUAUGAACUGGAUCAUCUGUAAAAUCACUGCUGCUGGAAUAGAGAGUGUUGUGGAUGACUUAGACAUGUGCAUUACUCAUACUAACUGCCCAGAAUUAAGUCUUGUGCGAGAUGCACUCCUCCUCCUGAAACCAACCAUUGAUGAUAUGGAUGGCGUUGUAGGAGUGAGUAUUAUAUAUACAGAAGUGCUGGCCAGGCUUCAUUUUUUCAUGUCAUCUUAUCCGGACCUCAUUGGGAGGUUGUGCCAGCAGUGUCUACACUGGUUUGAAGUCUGUCCGUAUCCUGUUCUCAUCCCACUGUGUGGAUUCCUUCAGCCUCCUGGUGGGCCUCUGCAGAAGACUCUCACUGGGUUUCUCAAAGGUGUCACAGUACUGGAGCUCAGUUCUGAGCACAAGCUGAUGGUAGCAGGGUCCCAAGACGGUUCAAUGCUUGUGUGGAACAUGGAGAAUAUUGAGGUGAUGCAAGCCCUGACUGGUCACACUGCCGAGGUGAAGUGUGUGAAAGUGUUUGGAAAAGGGACUUCUGCUGUCUCAGCUGCCAUGGAUCACACUUUACGCAUCUGGAAUUUAGUUUCUGGCAGAGAAAAGUUUUCAAUCGAGGACACUCACUUCAGCACACCGCAUCUGCGUCAGCUUCACGUUGAUGAAAGGAACAUGGUUGUUUAUUCAGCAUCAGGUGAAAAGGUUAGUGGCUGGCAUCUGGAAACAGCAGAACUUGUUUUCCAGAUUUCUGGUGAUGUCCAAGAUGUGUGGCUGUGUACUGCUGUGUUUGUCCCAAGGCUGGUAAUUCUGACAGUGUCUGAAGGAGGAAUAGUGUGCCUGUGGGACAGAAGCACUGGAGCAAUGCAGUCUAAACACCAGCUAUCAUGGCUACAGAAAGAAGCACCAACUUGCAGUGCUUUGAUCCAGAAGCAAGAAAAGAUGGUGGCAGGAUUUAGCAAAGGGUCCCUGUCCGUGAUUUCUUCUGAUGGAACCAGCCUGCUGGAGAAGCUUCCUCAAGGUGUUCGCUUUGUGGUGACAUCAGAAGAUGAGUCCUUCCUUGCUGCAGGCUUUGGGGAAUACGUGAGAUUGUUCCUGGCUGAUUCAAAUGGAUUCUGCAGGUUUCUAGCAACAGACUUGGAGCAUGAAGGUGUGGUGCAUACAGCUGUUAUCUCUUCUGACAAUAACAUCAUUGUUACUGGCUCUCAAGCUGCAUAUAUCCAGCUGUACUAUGCACUAACCAAGAAAGUUAAAGCAGUCCUGAUGGAACAUUCCCUACCUGUGGUGCCAUGUCUUGCCAAAGGGGCCAAUACCCAGAAAUGUCUGCAGGAUCAUUCGGAACACGGAUCAAACUGUGCUGGCCCAGGUGCAGAGUGUGACACACUGGACACCUCUGCUCAAGUGAGAAGUCUGGAGGUGGCUGAGCAGAAAAAACUCCUUUUCACUGGACUGGUAUCUGGAACAGUUCUGGUUUUUCCACUGAAUUCCAGGAAAGAUGUGGUGUGCAUCCCACCCCCGGAGUCACAAAAACCAGUCAACCACAUAGCACUUAACAGGCAGGAAACACAACUGGUCGUAGCAUAUGAUAACUUAGUCCUUGUGCUGGAUGUCAACCCUGGAGAGCCAUGCCCAGUGAUUGACAAGCCCACUUAUACCUUUUAUACCCAGCUCCCUGCUGUUAUUUCCAGUGUGGCUGUCCUUACAGGCUGUCGGGUCCUCUAUGGCAUGUCCAGUGGGGACUUAUUCCUUUAUGACUGUCCAUGUUCCCAAGUAUUUCCUUUGGAAGCCCACCGAAGCAAAAUCACUUGUUUAGAAAAUAGUCACGGAGAACAGUGGGCACUGAGUGGCUCUGAGGUUUCUCUGCUGUGUCUAUGGGACUUGGAGCUCUGCCAAUGGAAACACGAGAUCUGCUAUUAUAAGCAUUCAUCCUUCUUGAAAGGUAUUGAAUGUGCUUGCUUCUCAAAAGAUGAUAAAUACCUGUAUACUGGAUUACUGGAUCAAUCCAUUGCAGUUUGGGAUGUUUCAAAUGGUGCUCUGCUGGCUGUGCAGUGUGUGCAUGCAACUGCAAGAAGAAUCGUGCCAACUGCUGAUGGGUUUGUUGCAACAACAAAUCUUGGCUAUAUAAUUCGUGAGAAGUUCCACUGCCCACAGUCCAGCAGCCACCAGCACGACCCGCUCCAGCACGUGGAGGCAACAUGCAUAGUCAAAUCCAGGAAGGGAGAAGAGGCAAAUUCAGGAGUGCAGCAUCGCAAUCAAGGAAAUGCCUCCAGACACCAGAUUCAAAACCGCAAGCCUUCAUGGAUCUGUGCAAUUGUGUAAGAGGAGCGAAGCAGCAGAUCAGGACCACGCAGCCUCGGGACCCAAGAUCAAGUGUUCAGGCCGAGCCUCUUAAGUCAGAAGCUGAGAGCUGGGGUCAAAUUCGGGAGUUACUACAUCUCUUCUCUGUUCAAAUCUACACUACACAACAAAGAAAACCUAGUUAACUAUAGUAUUUCCCAGUGUAUUUGAUCAGUUAGCAUUCAGGAUUUCUUAGUGCCGCUGCACUGCAACAGUCAAGUAACGCACAGGGAACGUGGGUGCUGCGCUCGUGACGCUGCCUGCGCUGUGUUAGAUUUUAACGGGUCAACGUGCUGCUAUUGUGAGUGCCUCAUUUACCAGAAGCAGAGUCCACCC